AUGAGCCGCAGGUUAUCGGUAAUCGACUUGACAUCGGCAUCCGUGCCCGCUCCCGCUCCCGCGCCCACAUCCACAUCCACGUCCACGUCCACCCAUCGCCAACUUUCAUCCGAUAUAACUUCCGUGGACUCCUUCUCGGACUCCUUGGAGGAACAGCCAACUCCAAACUUAAGGAACCACACGGUACCACGGGGCGCUAAACGAAGGCGAGAUGGAGAGGAGCUCGGACAUGCAGGACCAUCGUCUCGUCCUCGACUAGAUCAUCCAAUAGAUCCUCGAAUAGAAGGGCCCAUUCAAGCUAUCGAUCUGACCGAGGUUGAUAGCUCUUCUGAGCUCGCCAAGACACUCUCUAGCCUAAGAGAGGACGCAGUCAAAUCCCAGCAACCGCAUGGAGACGAGGCGAAUAGUGCACGUUCAGUACUGGGAUCAUAUAAAUGUCCGAUCUGCAUGGAUACACCAGAAGAUGCGACAAGCACGGCUUGCGGUAUGUUUAUUGAUGAUCCGGCCGGAAAUGCUUUGAACAUCGCCGAGCCAAUAUGUCCUUCCGUCUUAUACUGA